AUGAAGUGGAUAGCUCUCAUUACAGCGGCUCUCGUUACCCGAGCUGCUGUCGCACAAGGCUUCUCAAAUAGCGGUCCAUCUAACGGGGGAAGCGGGCCAUACUUAGCAAACUACUCUACCGACUCAACUCUCACAGGCCACACCCUCUUUGCCCCAAAACAAAUCCCCGAUGGCCUAAAACUGCCAGUCUUAGUAUGGGGGGAGGGCGGCUGCCAAGCAAAUGGAACUAUGUUCCUGUCUCUCCUUAACGAAAUAGCCUCAUACGGCAUCUUCAUAAUCGCAUCCGGUGAUCCUGGAGGAACUGGGCAAACCACCUCCAAGAUGAUGACAGACGCAAUUAAUUGGGUGUCUCAGAAUGCAGGGAAAGGCAAAUAUGUAAAUGUGGACGCAACUCGGAUUGCUGCUGCUGGACAAAGCUGUGGCGGCCUUGAAGCCUACGAUAUGAAAGACGACGCCCGCAUUAGCGCCCUGGGGAUUUUCAACUCUGGCCAGAUGACCGAGGCGGCCUCCAAACAGAUCGCGUCUACAAUCACUAAGCCCAUAUUCUUCUUCUUGGGCGGAAGUAGUGAUAUUGCUUAUGCAAAUGGUGAGCGCGACUACAAACUCCUUCCAACCGACACGCCGUCCUGGAAAGGAAACCUACCAGUUGGGCACUCAGGAACGUAUAUGGAGACCGAUGCAGGAAAAUUCGGCGUCGCAGCUGUCCGUUUCUUGCAGUGGACACUGGGUGGAAACGUAACAGCGGCAGAGUAUUUUACUGGUCCAUCGGCGACGACAGAUGGGUGGUCUGUUGAAAGCAAGAACCUUAACAAGAUAAAGGUGACAUCACUAUAA